CGGAGCCGCGGGCGCAGACGGGAGGCGGCUGCGCGAGAGAUGCGCGGCUGACGCCCGGAGCGCGGCGCCGGCGGGGCCAGGAGGAUGCUCCCGAGCCGCCUGUGGCGGGGGCGACCCCGACUGCCGCCGACCCCCAGAGCCCUGAGUCCAGCGCGCCCCAGGCCGCCGCGACCGGCGCCCCAGAUUUUGUGUGUGAAGCUGUGUGGGAAUCCAAAAUACUACCAAGCACAUCUGUAUACUACAGUGGUGCCACCUGAUGAAAUAACAGUUAAUUAUAAACAUGGCCUUCCCUUGAUAACACUUACUUUGCCAUCCAGAAAAGAGCGCUGUCAGUUUGUAGUCAAGCCCAUGCUGUCAACAGUUGGCUCCUUCCUUCAGGACCUACAGAAUGAGGACAAAGGUGUCAAAGCUGCAGCCAUCUUCACAGCAGAUGGCAGUGAGAUUCCAGCUUCAACCUUGAUGGAUGUUUUGCUAAUGAAAGAUUUUAGACUUGUCAUUAACAAUGUAGCAUAUGACAUACAAUGUCCCACCAAAGAAAAACUGAGUCACAAGCCCAUGUCUGACAUGGAAAACGUGAAGUCCUUGGUUCACAGGCUAUUUACAGUCUUGCACCUAGAAGAGUUUCAUAAGAAGAGAGAGCAACAUUUGCUGGAGAAAAUUGACUACCUGAAGGAACAGCUGCGUCCCCUGGAGCAGGUGAAAGCUAGAAUUGAAGCUCGCUCAGAAGCCAAAACCAGUGGACUCCUGUGGGCUGGCUUAGCGCUGCUGUCCAUUCAGGGGGGUGCACUGGCCUGGCUCACGUGGUGGGUGUACUCCUGGGACAUCAUGGAACCAGUUACAUACUUCCUCACAUUUGCAAAUUCCAUGGUCUUUUUUGCAUACUUUAUAAUCACUAGACAGAAUUAUACUUACUCAUCUCUGAGGAGUAGGCAGUUUCUUCAGUUCUUCCAUAAGAAAUCACAGCACCAGCAUUUUGACGUGGAACAAUACAACAAGUUGAAAGAUGACCUUGCUAAGGCUAAAGACUCCCUAAACCAGGUGCGCCAUUCUCUGUACUUGAGAAUGCAAGUAGAGGGACUCGAUGAGAAGAACUAAUCAAAGCACCACUGGAGUCUCCAUUAUAUACUGAUUUCCUGCCUUACAGACUGGCCAUUUUUGAGUCUCACAGCAUUUCAAUUUGACUGUUUCAACCUUUUUUAGUUAAUAAAUUUGCGUAAAACAGAAGUAUUCUUUGAAGUUUUUUCUUGAGAAUUCUUGGUUUGUGGAUUCUCAUGACUAGUUAAUGCUACAGAGGGGCCUGUGUGUCUUUGUCAGAGCUGUAGGUGCCACUGGCUAAACACC